UCUUUCAUUCGUUAGUAUGUCCACUCUCCAUCUAUUCUGAUACUUCAUGCUAAUGCCAAUGCGGAGUUCCGUGGCUGUGUUGUGUUGCCUUGCCGAAACGUUUGACUUAUUGUGCUGCUGUGCUCUGGUUUGAUUUGCUGCCUGGCUCUGAGCGUUCUGCUGAUUUGUGCCUGCUCCGUGUGGAUUGGAAGUUGUGGAAAUAUGAAGACGGGGGAAGCCUUGUCGUAGAAGUACCGUGGUAGGAGCUGUGUGGAGGCUUGUUUUCGGAGAUGGGUGGCCUUGUGGUUGGACCCUGAAAGUCACUUCUAGUUUGAAGGAUUCGGGCGCUUGAUAUAUUAUUCAAAUGCUGCCGCCUUCUCCUUCUCUUUCGCUUUUUUUCGUCGUUUUCCUCCUCUCUUUCGUUCCUGACCAGUCCUUGAUAUACACGGAGAAGUCCUUCGCGAUGUUCUCAACACAGCAUCUCUAUACUCUCGCUUUCCUGUCACCCUUCUUUACAUUAGCUCAAGCAUACAACCUCGCACCACUCGUACCCCAAUCUCUUCGAAAUCGCGCAGCAUAUCAAGGAGGAUGGGCUCUCGGUAUCCCAGGUGCAGAUUGUCCUGCAAUCGCACCAGUAGCAUGUCCAACCCGAUCUGGAACUGUGAAUCCAGCCUGCUGUCCUGAAGGCCAACUCUGCGACGGGACAAUUUAUCCUUACUGUUGUCCAACUGGAUCCGACUGUUUCUCCACCGUGCAAAACCUCCCGGUCUGCGCCAACCAGACAUGGAACAUGUACAUCCUAACCAGCGACCAAUACUUCUGCUGCGAACCAGGACAAUAUGGAGUCCUCCCCUCUCGCGGUUAUGCUGGGAUUUGCGUUCCCAAUGAUCAAGUUGUGGCAAGCUCGUUGAUAGCUACUGCUGCAAGUCAGGUUGGAGGCGGGGCAUUGACGACUGGUGUGAACACAAACCCUGUGCCAACAAGUGCGACCAGGACUGUGACGAGCACAUUGAAGGAUGGUGGUGUGACGACGAUCACGACGGAGGUUAAGUCAACUGCCACAGCUACCGCGACUGAGGUAUCGGAUGGUGGGUCUGGAUCGAGUAGCAGCGAGUCUACAGGAAGUUCCGGGAGUAAGACAAGCAAGAAAUCUAAAUCUAAACUCUCAACCGGGGCAACGGUAGGAAUUGCGAUUGGUGCUGUGGCUGUUCUUCUCCUUCUUGCUCUUCUGCUAUGGAAAGUACUUGGUGCGCGGAAGGCGAGAGACAACGCUGUUGUAACGACUGGUCCGGACGGUUAUGCCGCUGGGAACGCGCCGGCCUAUACGCCACAGGCUCAACAGCAGACUCCUGUGAUGGAGUAUAAGAGUCCGGUUGCCGUUCAACAGGGGCAAGUUAGUGCUGAAGGAGGAGGCUGGGCGGGAACUCCGAGUUCACCUUCUGGACGAGGCCAGGGUGGAUAUAUGCCGCCUGCAUUGACACAUGAGCCUGUUGAGGCGCCGAGUAGGUGGGAGAGGAGGGCUGAGAUGUGAUUGUCGAUGUUGGUUUUAUGGCGAUAUCUCUACUGGGGAUUAUCGAGUAAUGCGUUUAUGUAUGCAUCGGCGUGCUUGACACUCAGGUCUAUGCUCGUGACGUCUGGGAGUAGCGAGAAUUUUCGUCAGGCAGUAUUGUAUUUAGGCUUCCGUGAGGUGCUUGCCCUUUGGAUACAUUUUGCUGGAAUCUGGUCGUUGUUCUGCCUCCGGUCUUAUGCUUCUUCUCUGGUUUACAUUCAACUGUACACACAUUUUUGGAUCUCGUCUCUUUUCUUGUCUUGAAUCUUCA